AUGGAUCAAUUGAAAUUGGCUUCUGGAGAUAAGAGUGAUCUUACGUCUCCAGAUAAAAACGAAGUGCUACCAAAAAAUUUACUUGAUGAAACUACCAAAAAAUUGAAAAGUGUUGAAAUAAACAAAGAUCAACUUGAGGGUGAUGGAAAUUCUUCGAAAAACUUCGACGGUAAUGAGGCAAAGUUAAAACUAAGAAUAGCUCAAUGUAAGGACAUAUUAACAUCACUAAAGCUGGAACUUAAUGAAGAAAAAAUAAGAUUGUUUAAAGAAAAUAAAGUUACUCAAAUGCAGGCUAUUGAACCUUUAACGAAGUUUUCAUAUAUGGAAAAUAAUGAACAAACCAUAGAUCAAACAGAUAAUUUGUCUUUUACAACAGACAUAUAUCCGUCUUCAGUAGAUAACAAACUUCAUUGUGACGAGAAUUUAUUAGAAUAUGAAAAACAAUUGCAAAAAUAUCAAAAAACACUUAACAUGGCACAAAUAGAAAAGAAAAACGCCAUUAGAAAGCAAAUGCUGGCGAAGGCAUUUAAAUUAAAACUCUUGGAAGUUGAAAAUCAAUGUAAUAUCGAACUGAUACGAAUUAAACAAAGUUUACAAUGUCUUCAACCUCUGAAAUUAAUUACAGAAAAAUGGAAAACCAGUACUAACGAUAACCAAUAUGACAACUUUGAAUUAAUUCCUAUGUAUCCUGAACUCUGCACUUUUUCUGGCAGUGAUGCAUCUAGUAUUUCUAAUGUCGAUGAUAGUGAUAAUAAACUGCCCCUUUAAAUCGUAAUGGACAAACUUGUUAAACAUUUUUUUUUUUCGAGAAUAUAUCUCUCAGGUUUUUAUACAUUAAUGAAACAUUUUUGGUCAUUGUUGUCGAAUAUUUACGCGAAUUUCACUCAUUAUAAUGUAUCAAAUAUUUCGGAUCCUCCCGUGACUAUGGUUGCUCUAAAGUGUCCGAUACGUCGGGUAUUUAAAAACCUUAAUAAAACCGCGAUAAAAUCUGAAAAA